AUGUCGACUCCUAUCCACUACGGCACAGACGGCCGGCAGUACUACAAUGCAAACGAUGAAAAACUGUAUCCUUACACAGAAUCAUCCUACUCGAACGCAAUCCAGACGUCAACUCAGCAAUAUCACCAAGUCCAAUACGUCGAGCAACGCCCAAGCUACCAUCAGUAUGCAGACAACACAGCGGAAGCUGGAAGUUUCCACGGAGGAACCGACCCUUAUGGCGAUGACAAUUUCACCAAUGCUUCUUCUUCCACUCGCACUGGAGAAAAAGAAACGGCCAAAUAUGUAAAGAAGCAAGAGAGGGAACAAAGACAUCGAGAGCAAUUGCGCAGGGGUGGGCAUUCUUCCCGGAGGAAACAUGAGAAGGAGACAAAGAAAAAGAUUGAGGAGACUUUGAAGUCAUUCCAGCAGAAGUAG